AUGUUAACCAUUGAUUCAAAUACGAAAUUAAACAAUGAAUAUUAUGAUUUUAUUAUUGUUGGAGCUGGAACUGCUGGAUGCGUUCUAGCAAGAGAAUUGUUUUACAAUAUCCCCAACAUUAAUAUUUUAGUAUUAGAAGCUGGUCCACCAGAUACCCAUAUCAAUGAUAUAAUGCGUUUGCCAUGUGCUUAUUCUAUGGUUAGGCAUACAAGUGAAACAGAUUGGGGUUAUUCCACUGAAGAUCAAAGAAUGCCUAGUACUGUUGAUCCUACUGAAGAAGUAUUAAAUAAAGGUUUUCCUUAUCCACGUGGCAAGGUUAUUGGGGGAUGUAGUACUGUGAAUGCAAUGGCUUACAUGCGAGGUCAUAAAGCUGAUUAUGAUCUUUGGGCUGCUCAAGAUCCUGAAUACAUUAUUUGGAAUUAUGAUCACUGCCUUGAAGCUUUCAAAGCAGUUGAAAAUAAUGCACGUAAAGAUCCAGACGUAGAAUUUGAAAAUUAUCAUGGGUUCAAUGGUUUGCUUUACGUACAAGAUCCAGCAGUUGAUGAACUUGAUAUUUCCAAAGAUGUUUUUAAAGUCGUAAGAAAAUUUGGUAUUCCUUAUAAUAAAGAUUUCAAUGGCGCUAAACAAAAUGGAGUAGGAAGAUACCAAUUUACGAUGAAAGAUGGAAAGCGCUUUACAUUGGCUGAUGGUUAUUUGAAAGAUGCAUUGAAAAAUGUUACAGUUUAUCCUCCGAAACCAUUUAUUGAAGGACAUCCUCAUGCACCAGGCGAUGAUAAUGUUGGCAAGUUUGUGGCAGUUAAUGUUAAAUCCUUUGCUCACAUGUUAAAUAUUAUUUGGGACGAAAAAAAGAAAGAUGAAAAUGUCGCAAUAGGCGUGAGAUAUUCUUAUAAUGGUAAAGUUCACAAUUGUUAUAUUGCUCCAAAAGGUGAAGUUAUUAUUUGUGGUGGUGCUAUUAAUAGUCCUCAGAUUUUAAUGCUCUCUGGAAUUGGACCAAAAAAAAAUUUAGAAAAUAAUAGUAUUAAAGUUCGUAAAGAAUUACCAGUUGGACAUAAUUUAUGGGAUCAUCCUUUUUGUAUCGUUACUGCCUCAGUUUCUGUUCCAAAUAGUACAAGUGCUUCUAUAUUUAAUUAUUCAAGUUAUGGAGUAGACUUUGUAUCUUUUUAUAAGGGUAAUAUUGAAGGAAAGAUUCCUAGUCGAGAAGAAUUAAAUGAUGAACGUCCUGACAUUCAACAAAUUUCGGGAGCGGUCUUAUUUGAUAAAGGCAUUAUUGCUGAACAUCCAACGGAUAAAAAAGAAUUUUAUUCCAUGUUAACGGCUCUUAAUAUUCCAUCAAGUGUUGGUCAUUUGGAAUUACGUAGCUCUGAUCCAUUUGCACACCCAAAAAUAUUUGUUAAUUACUAUGAUAAACCCGAAGACUUGUAUAGAAUGAUGAGUAGUCUUAAAUUAUCACGUAAAAUACUUGAACAACCUCCAUUAAGUACUUAUUGGGGUGUAAAAGUAAUCGGACUAGAUGAAGUGAAUGAUGAUAAAGAAUGGGAAAAUUACAUUCGCAAAAGGACAAUUUCAUCAGCCCAUCCAUGUGGUACAGUAAAAAUGGCACCAGAAUCUAAAGGAGGAUGUGUCAAUCAUCGCCUUCAAGUUUAUGGAACAAAAAAUCUUCGAGUUGUUGAUGCUUCAAUUUUUCCAACUAUUCCAGCAGGUAACCUUAACGCUCCAACUGCCAUGGUCGCAUGGAGAGCAAGUAAAUUAAUUAAAGAAGAUUAUUAUAAAAAAGUUUAA